AGGUCGAGUGCAUGUGACACGAUGCAGGACUUCAUUCAGAAUUGCAUCCAAAAGCCUUGAUUAUAAGUGCAAGAAAGGUUUUUUCUGGUGUUUUUAGAUCAUGAGGUGGUAAAUUUGGAGUUGCAUUCAAAGGAAAUAGUGAAAGUGAUCUUGGUUCCAUCAAAGAUAUUUUUCAUCCAUCACAUGGUGAUUGAAAGCAACUCUUGGUGGAGAGUCGCUCCAUCAUAAUGGAUUCACUAGAGCAAACCCGAGCAAGAUAAAUCACUCAACCAGUUGUUAUUGAUGACAGACAUUAUGGAGACCAACAACAAUGAGACCAACACCUACAAACCUACCAUUAUAAGCAAUCCAACGGCCAAUGAUAAUCACGAUAAUGAGAGUGCUGGGUUGAAACAACCACAAGAAGAGGUCAUAGAUCUGGGUUUUAGUGAGCCAGAAGGUAGUGUUGAAGAAAAAAAUAACCGAAAUGCUAAUGAUUCCAUGAGCAAUGCCAAACGGGGUUCUUCCAAUCCACAAAGAACAUCAUCUCUUCUGUUGACAGGUGUGCGAAUAUGUGGAAAUCGGAAGACCAAUCAUGUUCUUCAUGUCAUCUGGGCCUUGAUUUUGGCUACAGCGGGCAUGGUGCAAAUGGUGGCUGGAAUUUACUUCAUGAUGGAAUUGCCCAUCUUCUCACUGGGUUCCAAUAUUUGGACAGGAGCUUGGAACAUCUUCACCGGAAGUGUGACCUUGAUCCUUUGUUGUCAUGGUUAUGGGAUAACCGUCAUGAAAGCCCAAGGAAUUUUACUGCUGUCAUUGGCUGUUCUAUUGGUAAAUUUGGUGAACCUGCUCAUUUUGGAAGUGGGCGAAUGGAGAGGAUUUCUAACCGAUGAGAGCAAGCAAUACAUCAAGACCAAACAAUUGAAUGAUCUUAUGUAUCAUGCUUAUAUGACCACAACUAUUAGCACGGUGACCGCUAUGAUCGUCUCGUUUUUUGCCAGUCAGCAGACUUUUUGCUAUCUUCAAAUACAAAAUGACCACGAUGAGGAUGAUUUUGAGCGAAAAGAGCAUCAUUUCUCUUCUCUCGACUCUGACACAGUUCUCACAACGAAGGAUCUAGUUAAUCGACAAAGUGAUCUGACGGACACUUUGAACUUAAAGACGCCCUCUGGAGGUCCUCAACCGCAUCCAUCUUGGGUCUACAGGAAUACCUACAACACCUUGCAUCCCAGUCAAAAUUCGGUGAAGCGAUCCCUCUCUUUCCUGAAUGGAGGACAGAAGCAGAAAACGCCCACUGGCGUUUAUGAGAGAAGAUACGACCUCCUUGGGACAUUAUCGAAGAGCCUUCAAGGCAAUGAAAGUUUGGCGGGUGGACCAACCAGAAAACAUUCGUCCAUCCACACGAUUCCCGAGCUUUGUCGAGAGCCUCCAAUGCCUGCUCCACAUUUGCCUGCUCCAAACCAUCGCAAUUCGAAUUCGGCUGGAGCCGGAACGAUGAGGCAUGCCAUCAUUCGUCGACAUCAAUCGAUGUACAUCCAUCCUCGAACGACGACAGAGAUCCAAGCGGCUAAAGAUUUGACCUCGCAUUACAAGAUGCACGAGGUCAGCGGGAAGAGUGAGGUCCGGCCGAUUGUGACUCUUCAAAGAAGCAAAACAACGGCUGGUGCGACCUCCAAUUCGCUCCACUAUCGCGCCACAUCUAUUCAAACUCUUCACAGCCAUACCAUGCGACCUUCAAGAACCACCUUCAAUGCCUCGGUUAACAAGUACCUGGGAUCAAGGCAGACUGACUUCAACCAUAAUACCAUUGGGAACUACGGGAGGAAACCUGGAAGCUCUUCUAGAUCAUCAAAACUGUACGGGACAGCCGAGGAUCUCUGUGAAUUUCAGGCUGGUCGAAGUUUUGAUCUCCCAGACCCGGAGAAAUAUCGACGUAAAUACACACGGACCACCUCCAAUGCAGGGAAUGGAUCGUCAGAGUAUUGGUCGAGGAAAGCAGAUUCAAAGCCUGGUUCCGUCAUGUUCGACUCAGAGAACCAUUUAGAUCUGGCCAUGGUGGAAUCUUUCGAUCAUGAUAAGGACAGUUGUCACGGUAACAUCCGGUACCAAGCCGUGGACCGCCAGAAUAUCAACAGUCAACUCAGACAGAAUGCCAGAAGUUUGGAGAAUCUUCUUCACGAAGAAAGCACGCCUGAAAACGAGCGACAACAUUUGGGAUUAAUAAACAACCGAAGCCAUUAUGGUUCCACAGAGUCCAUUUCGAGUUUGGGAUCAACGCAGAAAAUAGUUUUAGAAGGAUCGGAUAAACCAAGUAGAAUGACCCAGACCCCAACCAGUCUAUACAGUCACGAAUCGUCCACCAUGAACACUAGUAAUGAUUCUCAUGAGAUGCCAGAUGAUGCCGUUUUAUAUGAUGUUCCUAAACGAAACAACACCCUGCAGAAGUCUAAUAGCCGUGUGACCAGCAACGGCAAACUCAGACUUCACGUGGAGAGCUUCAGAUCAGCCAAGAACACCAAUGGUACCCAAACAGAUCUGACUGUGAUGAAAAACAAGGAAAAUAUGUUGAGGCAACAUCAAUUCAAGAAACAUGCUGCUCCUCCAAGUAAACCCAUUCGAAAGACGAAACCAUUCCAAGGAACGAAAACGCUGACCGAUUGCAAUCAAAGUGACCGAUCUGCCAGUCCCGAUAACUCGUCAACAUCAGGUUACAGCUCCCCUUCGGCAGGUCCACUCUCGAAGGAAACUAGUCCAUAUGGAAGUAAGAUGGACGACAAAAUGAUGGAAGAGGAAAAUGAUCACGACAUCGGAGACCAUGCCGAUGAUCAUCAUUCAGAAGCCAGAUCUGACCGCCUUCUGGAUGAAAACGGGAGUAAGGUCACCGUGAUUCAAAUUGUCCCGGCAUCUUUAAGCAAUGACAUUCCAGAUCAUGAGCUUUCUUUUGAUGAGGGUGAAGGAUCGCCAGUAGACGAUGACUUGGAUGAUGAUUUUUUCCCAACAUCAGCAGCCAUAGACGAAUAUCGCCGGAUGAGGGAACAAUCGGUAUCGCCUCCACCUGCUCCUAGGCGGGAGCUACCGAGGAUUUCUACUAAUGGUACCUUGGGUCGUGGAUUUCACAAACGAAGACUUCCAGAUCACAAUCAAGCUUUGGCUAAUGGUCAAGCCCAGCGUGGAGGGAGCGACUCUCCAUACGACUCUGCCUCCAAUCUCGCUAGUCUUCUAAAUAAUCUGAAUCUGCCCACAAAGCGGAUGUACAGGUCGCCUCAUCCACGGCCUUCCAAUCUUCAGUUUGCUCAAGGUCGUGUGCCUUUACCCCCUGUUCCUGAACUGGAGAGAUCGGACCACGAAAGGGAAUCGAUCUCUCCUAUCCCACCCUCCAAAAUACCUUACUCUGAGCAAGAGCUCAUCCUCAAACCACUACCAAAGCGCAUGUCCCCUCUGAGGCCAUUACCAUCACCUUUGAGUACUCCCAUCCAACCAAACGACACCACGGCCGCUCGGUCCGGGCCAAUUCCACGAGCUCGACAACGUUUGCAAUCAACCCCCAGUGGACCACAGGGUAGAACGCAUCGCCAAGGAGUAACGAGGCCAAAUGAAACUCUGAGCGAGGAAGAAACAGAAGGGGAAAACGGUGGACGUCAGGAAGUGGACGAUAACCUUGUAGCCUUGCUCGAACUUCUGAGAGAAAAAAGUCGUGAGGGUCAACAGCGUGGCAAUGGUGACCAUCCUAAAGAAAACACACUCCAAUACUUAUCCCAGUUGGAGCACGUGGCUCGACAACUUAAAGAUCAGUUACUCAUGCAGCCACCAGGGGUCCAUGGAAAUCCAAUUCGGAAGACAGAUCUGCCAUCUAGGAUCCCGCAAUAUAUUGGAAAGUCUCCAGAGAGAGACAUUAACAAUGAAUCCGACUGUUAACCAUAAAAUUCACUCUCUAUCGUUUUCUAAUUUUUUUUGUUAAUGCCGAGUUUAAUAAAUAAAUGCCCUUCGGCAAUGUGGCUGA